AAAGCAACAAAAGGGGAAGCCAAGAAGGAGAGAAGAAAUGGAUUUGAACCCCGGUUGCAAGAAGGAUUUUACAAUGGGAUAGUUGGAACACAAAUGGAGUAACUGACUAGCUAGAUUUUUCCAUUUCCCUAUAAAGAUCGUGCAAGUUUGUGUUUUUCUUUCCAACCUUGUGCACUCUGAGACACAAACCAGUUUUUCCAACCCAGUUCUCUGACUGAUUCUCUGGCAAAAUGAAACCUAACUUGAUGAAAGAGGGCUAAUUUCAUAGAGAUGGACACAAGCUAGAAAGAAAAUGAGGACAAGAAAAGCAUAAAACAAUCUAUGCUACUCUGCUGUAAGCUCUAUAUAUCUGAAUCGCGUAACCACACAGCUCUUGAUUCAAUUGAAAGAGCUGCAAGGCUUGAUGGUGAAACUGUCAUAGUGAACAAGUUUCAGGAUCGGGCUUAUAACAGGAUUGGGUACACUCUUGUUUCCUACAUUGUCCAUGAUAGCACAGGGAAUAUCAUUUACAGCCCAUUGCAGCAAACUCUGCUAUCCAUGGUUGAAGCUGCUUAUGAAGCUAUCAACCUUGAGUUGCAUCAUGGGGCACACCCUAGGCUUGGCGUUGUGGAUGACAUUGUUUUCCAUCCACUUGCUCGGGCUUCUUUGGAGGAAGCGGCUUGGUUUGCUAAAAUGGCAGCAGCUGACAUAGGCAACAAGUUCCAAGUGCCAGUAUUUCUAUAUGAUGCAGCACACCCCAUGGGCAAACCUUUGGACAUCAUCAGGAGGGAGCUGGGUUAUUAUCGCCCCAACUUUAUGGGCAACCAAUGGUCCGGAUGGGAUAUGCCAGAAGUUCUUUCUGAGAAGCCUGAUGAAGGCCCAACCAUGGUCUCUCGGGCAAGAGGUAUUGUGAUGAUAGGCGCGCGGCCAUGGGUCUCAAUGUACAACAUUCCCAUAGUGUCUACAGAUAUUUCUGCUGCUAGAAGAAUUGCACGGACAGUGAGUGCUAGAGGGGGCGGGCUGCCAACAGUGCAGACACUGGGCCUGUUUCAUGGUGAGGACUCGACUGAGAUAGCUUGCAUGCUCUUGGAGCCAAACAGGAUUGGAGCAGACCGGGUCCAGAACCAGGUGGAGAUGCUAGCAGCUCAGGAAGGGCUGGAUGUUGAGAAAGGAUAUUUCACUGAUUUUUCUCCAGAGAUGAUCAUUGAGAAAUAUUUAAAGCUCAUCUCUGGUGCUGAAAGCCAUUAAAGAUUAGUUUCAACAUCAAAUAACAGUUAACUUUCUAUCCAAUAACAGUAACUACUGCUAAAUAAGAGAGAUUGGCUUUUAGCUGAGCAGAAGUUGGUUUCAUACCUCACAUUCUGAGAAGCAUUGAACUUGAAAUAAAAUGAUAUGCCAAGGUAAACUUAACUGGUGA